AUGCUCUCCGGAUACAACUGCACCAUCUUUGCCUACGGACAGACUGGCACAGGAAAGACGUAUACCAUGUCGGGCGACAUGACCGAAACUCUGGGCCUUCUCUCAGACGAGGCCGGUAUCAUUCCCCGUGUUCUUCAGACUCUAUUCAACAAACUCGAGCUCGAGGACGCCGAGAGCACAAUCAAGUGCUCCUUCAUCGAGCUAUACAACGAGGAGCUCCGCGACCUGCUCUCGUCCGACGAGAGCGCCAAGCUCAAGAUCUACGACGAUACCUCGCGGCGGGGUCACACCAGCACCGUGGUUCAGGGCAUGGAGGAGAAGCACAUCAAGACAGCUGCCGAGGGUGUCAAGGUGCUUCAGGAGGGUAGCUUGAGGCGUCAAGUCGCAGCCACAAAGUGCAACGACCUGAGUUCUCGAAGUCACACUGUCUUUACCAUCACCACCUACGUGAGGAAGCCCAACGAGCACGGUGUCGACGCCCUCGUCAGCGCCGGAAAGCUGAACCUGGUCGAUUUGGCUGGUAGCGAGAACAUUCAGCGAUCAGGAGCUGAGAACAAGCGCGCCGCUGAGGCUGGUCUUAUCAACAAGUCUCUACUGACUCUCGGCCGAGUCAUCAACGCCCUCGUCGACCGCGGUUCUCACAUUCCUUACCGAGAGUCCAAGUUGACUCGCCUACUACAAGACUCUCUUGGAGGCAGGACCAAGACCUGUAUCAUCGCCACCAUCUCCCCCGCAAAGAGCAACCUGGAGGAGACAAUCUCAACGCUCGACUACGCCUUCCGGGCCAAGAACAUCAAGAACAAGCCACAGCUUAACCCCAUGAUGGAGAAGAAGACGCUACUGAAGGACUUUACCAUGGAGAUUGAGAAGCUCAAGAGCGAGCUGAUCGCUACCCGCCAGCGCAACGGUGUCUACCUCUCCAACGAGACAUAUGAGGAGAUGACAGCUCAAAGCGAGUCGCGCCGCAUUGUCAACGAGGAGCAGGCCGCCAAGCUUGAGACUUUGGAGAGCAACCUGCGGAACAAGGUCCAGGAACUCUUCAACCUCCAGUCGACGUUUAUGGGUCUCAAGAAAGAUCACGAGGGCACCAAGGCCCUGCUGGAUGACACCAAGGAGGUACUGGACCAGACCGAGAUUGUUCUUUCAGCUACGCGAAAGUCGCUGGCUGAAGAGACCAGGAUCAGAAAGGCACAUCAGAAGACAGAAGAGAAGCUCACACAAGUUGGCGGAGAGCUCAUUAACAAGCUUCAUAAGACGGUUCGCGACGUUGGUGGUCUUCACGCCAAGAACAAGCGCAAGUCGGAUCUGCAGUCUCUCAACCGCAACACCUGGAGCACAUCCCAGGACCAGGUCGUCGAUGUCACCUCCAUGGUUGAACGACGAAUUGAGGAGUUCCACGACGAGCAGCAGGAGCACAUUGCGAGCGUUGGAAAGCGAAUGGAGGAGUUUGUCGGUGAAGAGCUACAAAAGCUCUCAUCAACACAGACAUUCCUUGAUGAGCACUUCAGCACCUUUGCCGAGUCCAAGAAGCAGCUUCUGGAUGGAAAGCAAAAGUCCAAGGAGGAUAUGGAUGAGGUGCUGGAGGAGAUCAAGGUGGUCCGCGAUACCGUCAAGGACCGGAUGGGUGAGAGCCUGCAGUCUAUCUCUCACUCUGCUGAGAGGAUAGCAGCGGAUAUGCUGAAUGAGAUGACGGCUUUCCACGGCCAGGUAAGUUUACUCUCUACGCAAAGGAAGUUAUAUACUAACUUAAACCAGCUACACAACUCGUACAGCGCGCUUGGAAAGGACUUCAAGUCCAUCUUUGAAGACCUUGUUAAGCACAUCACAGCCCAGCGAGCCGAGUGUGAUAGUCUCCGACGACAGCUUCAGGCUGCGACAAACACCAUCGUGCUGCAGAAUGCCACCAUUUCCACCCGUAUCCAGGAUGCGUUGGAGGAGGAACGAAGACAGGCCGUUGACGAUCGUCAGAAGCUCAUGACCCAGAUCUCUGCCCUGAUUAACACACAAGCCGAGACCCAGGAGGCCCGUCUUCACGAUAAGGCUAUCCUUAUUCAGAAGAGCAUGGCCGAGACCAACACAAAUCUCGAGAACGCCGUCUCUCACUACGGCGAGGGCAUGACCACCUGGGAUGUCAAGGAGGGCGAGCUCUUGGACGAGGUCAAGAAGUCUCGCGAUCAGCUCAAGACGAAGCUCAAGGAUGACUGGACUGCGGCCAACGAGCACAGCAACUCGAUCCAGGCCACAGCCAAGUCUGUUCAUGCCGAGACGGUCCGCGUCGUGGACGAGCAGAUUAAGGAUCUUGACGUCCAGAUGGAGGCUCUCGACGACUUUGUCACUCGCGCCAAGUCGGAGAAUGGUCAUCAUCACGAAACUCACGGCCAGUCCGUCCAGGCUCUGUCCAACACUGUCGAGGAGUCGUUUGGCAACAUCUCUGCUCACUUCAAGUCAACGUUUGACCGUGUCCAGAACCUCGGCGAGGAGAUGGAGCUCGACCUUGGUGAUCUUCAGGAUGGUCUGGAGCCCCUGAAAGAUCAACUCUGCCAGCCCCUUGCCAACCUGCGGGAAGACAUUUCAGGCACAACUCUUCAAGAGUACCAACCUACGGGUGACACGCCUGCCAAGGUUCAAUACCACUACCCAACUGACCUACCUCGCACUGAGCCUCACGAUCUCAUCAUCUCUCGCAUCGACGAGAUGCCCACACCAACCAAGGACCGUGACAACGACAAGGACACAACCAUUGUCUUUGCCGAUCUCGACUCUCAAAAGAUGAUGACGUCUCCUCCCCGUCCUCCACCCCGUGCCUCCAACGCCAGCGCCCCCGACGGUAGCACCCUCGGCAUGAGCCUCCGCGAGGUCAACCCAAACCUCACGACGGGCUCCAUCAACUUUAACCCGCGGGUGAGCACCAUGUCGAUGCCUCCCGAGCGCACCAUGCCGCUGUUUAAGCGCAGCACGCGAGUGACGCGGAGCGCCAAAAAGACCAUCAACAUUGACGCCAUCGUCGUAGAGGGUGGUGAGAAUGCUCUGCCCACGUCGUUUGAGCAGAGGAGAAAGAGCCCAAGGCUUAACUAG